UCUCUCCUGGAUCCCAAUAAUCUUGCGCUGGCAUGCGAUAGAAGUGGAAAUUUGGGUUUGGAUAAUAAAUGUGACCCCCAUGGAAGAGGGAAGAGAAACCUAACCUCGUGAGUACCUGUUCGAGUAUUCAAGAAUGGGCGAAUCAUUGACGUCACGGCUGCACAAACUUAUUUGGGUACCUAAACAUUUGCUUGGAAUAACAAGGGGAUAGUACAAGACGUUCGGGACUUUUUCUGCGCGUGGUCCUGUUGGAGCAGUACUAUACCUCUCAUCGCUGGGGAAAGGAGGAUAUGCGAACAAGACCGUUGGCGACUAUGUCAACAGUGUUGCUAUCAAUAGCUAAAAACUGUAUUGUUACCACUAGACUGCAAUACAAUGUUGAUUGCUAGCCCGCAGUAAGUAGUAUGAAAGAAAACAUGAUGGUAGGGCUUUCGUCUAACUAGCUAGAACGCUAGUUUAUACCAAACAAUGAAAUUGCUAGCGCGAGCUAGUAAACGCGAGCAAACUUAGCCCGGUUAAACUGUAAUGUUUUGACAUAAAGCAAACUCACCAGCAGUUAAAUUAAGUAGUUAACGUCAUUGCUUCCUUUUGAGGAUUAACGUUACGUUGUGGACUUUCCGAUUUGGACACAGUUUCUACUUGGAAGUUAUUGGAAAGGUGAUUCUAGUAUGCAGACCGACUUAGUCACAGGCGACGUGGAUUCUCUUCAUGGUGGACUUAUUUCCUUGGAUCCAGUGGUGGACCGAAUCCUGCGGGAUUCUUUAUGUCAGCAACAAGGAUGGGUGCGCGUAUAUGAUGUGAAGGGACCACCCACACACCGCUUUUCCUGCGGCCAGUCACCCUACUCCGAGACCAGUAUGUGGGAGAGGAAGUACUGCAUCCUGACUGAUAGCCAGCUCAUCCUGCUCAACAAGGAGGAAGAGAUGCCAGGUGAGGUGGUUGAUGGUCCUACAGAGUCAUCGAAGGGCAGGAGCCUGCGUAGGACAGUCAGUGUCCCUUCAGAGGGACAGUUCCCUGAGUUCCAGGCAGAGGGCGCCUCCAUGCUAGAAGUGUCUGCUGAGAGGUCCCCCAGAAGGCGGAGUAUCUCAGGCCUGGGGAGUUCAGAGAAGAACAUAUCCCUGGACGUACCCAACACAUCCCCCUUCAAAGUACCGGGGUUUUUCAGCAAACGACUGAAGGGAUCCGUAAAGCGGACGAAGAGUCAGACCAAACUGGACCGCAACACCAGCUUCAAACUGCCCUCCCUGAGACCUCCAGAAAAUGACAGAUCCCGAGGGCUGCCUAAGUUAAAGGAGUCGUUUUCUGACGAGUCCCUGCUCAGUCCGGGAAGUGCAGUAGAAGCCCUGGACCUGGGAAUGGAGGAAGAUGUUUACGUCAAGCCUCUCCACAGUAGCAUACUGGGACAGGAAUUCUGCUUCGAGGUGACCUACUCAGGAGGCAGUAAGUGUUUCAGCUGCUCCUCAGCCUCAGAGAGAGACAAAUGGAUGGAGAACCUGAGGAGGACGGUCCAGCCAAACAAGGACAACUGCCGACGAGCAGAGAACGUCCUCCGGCUAUGGAUCAUCGAGGCCAAGGACCUGCCUCCAAAGAAGAAGUAUUUCUGUGAACUGUGCCUGGAUGACAUUUUAUAUGCCCGCACCACCAGCAAGACCCGGGCUGACUGCCUGUUCUGGGGGGAACACUUUGAGUUCUACAGCCUGCCGUCUGUCCGUAGCAUCACCGUGCACAUCUACAAGGACGUGGACAAGAAGAAGAAGAAAGACAAGAACAACUAUGUGGGCCUGGUCAACAUCCCCAUCGGGGGGGUGACGGGGAGGCAGUUUGUGGAGAAGUGGUACCCUGUCAGCACCCCCACCACCAGCAAGGGCAAAGGAGGAGGGCCGUCGAUCCGGAUCAAGUCCCGCUUCCAGACCAUCUCCAUCCUGCCAAUGGAGCAGUAUAAGGAGUUUGCGGAGUUCAUCACUAACAACUACACCAUGCUGUGUUCUGUUCUGGAGCCGGUGAUCAGUGUGAAGAACAAGGAGGAGAUGGCCUGUACCCUUGUUCAUAUCUUACAGAGCACCGGACGGGCCAAGGACUUCCUGACAGACCUGGUGAUGUCAGAGGUGGACCGGUGUGCAGACCACGAUGUCCUGAUAUUCAGAGAGAACACGCUGGCCACCAAGGCCAUAGAGGAGUUCCUCAAACUGGUGGGACAGAAGUACCUGCAUGACGCACUAGGAGAGUUUAUCAAAGCACUGUACGAGUCAGAUGAGAUCUGUGAGGUGGACCCGGGGAAGUGUUCGGCCAGUGAGCUCCCUGAGCACCAGAGCAACCUGAAGAUGUGCUGCGAGCUGGCCUUCUGCAAGAUCAUCAACUCCUACUGUGUGUUCCCGCGGGAGUUGAAGGAGGUGUUUGCAGCAUGGAAGCAGCAGUGUCUGUCCCGAGGGAACCAGGACAUCAGCAAGCGCCUCAUCAGCGCUUCCUUGUUCCUCCGCUUCCUCUGUCCCGCCAUCAUGUCACCCUCGCUCUUUAACCUCAUGCAGGAGUACCCCGAUGACCGCACCUCCCGUACCCUCACCCUCAUCGCCAAGGUCAUUCAGAACCUGGCUAACUUCGCCAAGUUUGGCAACAAAGAGGAGUACAUGGCAUUUAUGAAUGACUUCCUGGAGCAUGAGUGGGCAGGUAUGAUGCGUUUCCUCACAGAGAUCUCCAACCCAGAGACCAUCUCCAACACACCGGGAUUUGAAGGUUACAUCGACCUUGGACGGGAGCUGUCGGUCCUCCACUCACUUCUGUGGGACGUGGUGUCCCAGUUGGACAAGGGUGAAAAUUCCUUCCUGCAGGCGACUGUAGCCAAGCUGGGCCCCCUGCCUCGCAUCCUGGGGGACAUAGCCCACUCUCUGUCCAGCCCCACACCAAUCCAGCAGCAGCUCCGACGCUUCCAGGACAACAGCUCCUCACAAAAUAUCACCGGCAGCGUCUCUUCAGGCCUGCAGAGGAUAUUCGAAGAUCCGGCCGACAGCAUCAAGUCCCCAGUCCAGGAGCAUGUUAUGGACGGCCUUCACCGGGGGAAGAACCCUCUCCUGGGCCAGCAGUCGUCCGCCCACAGCAUGAGCUUCUCGGACAAGGAGGAGAGAGAGAACCUUCUGCCCAAUGGACGCAGCAUCUCCCUGGUGGACCUCCAGGACUCUCACAUGGUCCAGAGUGGCCAGGGACCCCUCCCUCUCCACGAAGCUCCACCCAGGCUGAGCAGGGUGGGCUCCCAGGUCUCUAUCGGACACCCCCACCAGGCUACCACCCCACAGUCACACCAAGCCCUACACCAGAAGCCAUCGUUACGGGACAACCUCCCCCAGAGUGCGCCGCAGGUGCGUCGGCCCCUACACCCAUCCCUCAGCCAGCAGAGGAGCCUCCAGCCUCUCUCUUUCCAGAACCCUGUCUAUCACCUUAGCAACCUGACACAACAACAACAACAACAAAACACAGCAGUACACUCCACAACACACUCGGGCCACUCCCACUCAGUGCACUCCCUUCAGCCGGGCUCCAGCUCAGAGAACCUGAGCACCGAUAGCUCCCGCAGCCACAGCAACUCGGAGGUUGAGUUCGGAGGCGGGAACCAGAGGGGGAAGGGGGGCAGGGUCCCGUCCAAUAGCAGCCUGGAGGAGUUCAGCCAGCGGAGCACGCAGAGUGAGGACUGCUCCACGCCGCGCCGCCACACCCUGCCGGACCACCAGGGAGGGGCCCACGCAGUGGCAGUGCCCAGGCAGAACAGCACGGGCACAGCCCACAUCGUGAGGGUGGAGCAGCAGAGCCGCAGUGGGGGGAGUGGUGGGGCCCGGACGCCCCACUCCCUGCCCCACAGCGCAUCUCUGCGCAGCAGCAGCUCCAUCAACACGGAGCCCAUGCCUAUCCCCAUCCAGGCCCAGCCAGGUGCAGGCACUGGAGGCCACUCACACCAGCAGUCCACCUGCUCCAUGGAGAGCCCUGUGCCCCCCGUCAGGAGCGUGGCCAAGCAGCAGACACCACACCAGGUGGCGUCGCCAGUAGAGCCAGUCACCAUGUCACCAGUAGAGAGGACAGCAGCGUGGGUGCUGAAUAACGGCCAGUACGAGGACGAGGAGGAGCAGGCGGCCCCAGCAGAUCAGAGCAGCCAGGACAGCAGGAACGCAGAGAAGUAUGAACAGGAGAUCUGCAAGCUGAAGGAGCGCCUGCGGGUGUCUAGUCUGUGUCUGGAGGAGUACGAGAGACGUCUGCUGGCCCAGGAGCAGCAGAUGCAGAAACUGCUGAGGGAGUACAAGGCCCGCCUGGAGGACAGCGAGGAGAGGCUGCGGCGGCAGCAGGAGGAGAAGGAUAAUCAGAUGAAGAGCAUCAUCUGCAGGUUAAUGGCUGUAGAGGAGGAGCUGAAGAGAGACCAUACAGAGAUGCAGGCUGUCAUAGACGCCAAGCAGAAGAUCAUUGAUGCACAGGAGAAGAGGAUAAGCUCUCUGGAUGCAGCCAACUCUCGGCUGAUGAGUGCCCUGACACAGGUGAAGGAGCGCUAUAGCAUGCAGAAUCUGCGCAACGGCCUCUCGCCAACCAACCCCACAAAACUGUCGAUCACUGAGAACGGAGAGUUUAAAAACAGCAGCUGCUGAUUGUUAGUCAGACACCAUGAUGGUGGUCACACUCUCUCUCCAUGCACACAGGCCAAGGACCUGUCUCUCUCUUGACUGUACGUACUAUACAUCUACAAGGAAUGUCUAGAUAUUAAUGUAUAUAACUUAUAUCUUGUACUGGUUGUGUACAGAGAUGAUACUGGAAAGACGGGUCAUUUGAAGACUGAAACAGGGGGAUCAACUGUUGUCAUAAAAUAGUUAAUUGGUGUUUUAUAAAUUACAUUAUUAUUCCCAUAUGCAGACAAAUGCAGUUUCUCUAAGAUAUAUAUUGAGAUGUACAUAUCAUAAAGUGGGUUUGUUUUAAAUAAAUAGCUAAAAGCACAUAGUGAGCAAUUAUAGCUCUAAAAACAUAUUGUCAUAAUAGGAGUGGAAGGGCAAAAUAAACCAAAAACAGUUUUAUGCACACUGUUAUUCAAACCCUACUUUUUUAUAUUUUUUAACUUCUGUUUAUGUUGUCUUAAACUAGGGGUUGAAUUGGUUUUGAUUAGCUGAUUUUGAGUAUAUUGACUGCUGCUUGCCCAUUAUUAGCUGAAACCAUAGGUCUUUGAGUUCAGGUUCUUAAGGCCAACUGGAUCUUCAAAAAUGAGUUGUCUCGCUCCACCACCUUGCKACAGAAUAGCAAAUUGUAUUUAUUUCUGUACCGCCUACUGUCAAGCCUUCAAGAUCCCAAAAGAAGACUCAUGACUUUGUACAAUUUCAUGUCAAUAACUACUGUUUAAAAGAGUGUUGUCCCCCCUUCCCCUCAUAUGAACUGGUUUAUGUAAAUGUUUGCAUAUCUGUCCUUGUUGAAUGUUGUGUAGAAUAAAAGCUGCCUAUAAUUUUGUGGA